AUGUUGGUUUUUGGGAACACACUAUGUUCUCAUCAUUGUCAAACUUCAAGGUGUCAUCCUCUCAUCAACUUCCAUUUUUUACUAAUCUUUCUAUUAAGCUAUUUCCUAGUAAUUCUAAUGUAGGUACAUCUGAUGAGCUCUACAAUGCCUCACCACAUGCUCCAACUAGUUCUGUAGAAAAUGAUCUGCCUGCUGGUAAUGCAUUAGAUAAUUUUGACCCUUCUUCUACUUCCUCGUCUAUAUCGCCUGUUGAUGUUGCAUCUGAGCUUGUUGUCCCAUCCUUGAGUCAUCCUACUCGAGUAAGAAACCCUGCCAGCCACCUUCGUGAUUAUCAUUGUUUUCCUGCUAUUACUUCUUUACAUGAGCCUCAAUCUUAUCAAAAGGCCUCUUCUAACCCUCUUUGGCAACAAGCUAUGCAAGAUGAAUUACAAGCUCUUGAGAACACUCUUACAUGGGAUUUAGUUGAUCUCCAUGUUGAAGAGUCUUUAAUAGGUUGUAAAUUGGUGUACAAGAUCAAAACAAGAUCUGAUGGUUCCAUGGAGCGCUAUAAGGCACGCUUGGUUGCCAAGUGUUUAACACAAGAGUAUGGAAUAGACUAUGAGGAAACAUUUGCUCCAGUUGCUCGUCUCACAUCUGUGCACAGUUUGCUUGCUAUUAUUGCUAUAUGGAGAUAGAAAUUGUUUCAAAUGGAUAUGACAAAUGCUUUUCUUAAUGGUGACCUAGAAGAAGAAGUUUAUAUGAAACCACCUCCUAGGCUCAACCAUCCUCCAAACAAGGUAUGUCGAUUGCGACGUGCAUUAUACGGGUUGAAGCAAUCCCCUUGAGUCUGGUAUGCCAAGUUUAGUGCUACUGUGAGUGAGUUUGGUUUUACUUCCAAUUCACAUGAUACAGCUUUGUUCAUUCGUAAGACUGAUCGGGGUAUGGUUCUUUUACUU